CUAUAUGCUGUUGGCAAUAUCUACAACCUUCCAAGCUGUUUUCUUGAGAGGAUGUUUAACUCUGUAAUUGAAGCCUGGUGCUUGAGUCCUAGACAUCUUUCGCAUCAGUGUAUAUUCGAUACCAAAAAAUUGACGAUUCUGAUACACAUAGCUGGUAAAUAUGGGUUGUUGGUCAAGUAAGAUACAGGGGGAGUAUCAAGGAAAGAAAAUUAGUUCUAUUAUUUCUGGGGAAUGUAGUAUGGAACGAACGAUAUGAUUUGUCUCCAAACAUUGCACACUGAUUCGUUCUCUAGAUGAGUAUAGCAAUCACCGCGGACGAUCUGACGAGCGGGCCAAAUUUCACAGGGAAAAAGAACUCUGUCAUAGCAGAAGCAGACACUCAGACUCCGAAGAACGCAAAUAUCUUGCAGUAGAUGAGAAACCACAAAUGAAGGAAAUGACCGAAGAAGACUAUUCACGAUUUCGCGACGCUGAGGAAAUGAGGGUGGAAGAAGAUCUGUUAAGAGAUAUAAGGGAAUUAGAGGAUGAAAAUGAAUUUAUGGAAAGAGAAAUGAGGGGUAUUGAGAGUGAACAUAGAUAUGAAGGACGAUAUAGGGAGAAAGAUAGAGAUGGAAAUUAUGAAACUAGUCCGAAUAGUUGGACAUAUGGAAAAGAUGACGAUAGGUAUGUUUUAUCAAGAUCUUGGAGAUGAGAUUGUUUUGAAGAAAGUGCUAAUUGUAUUAGGUCAUACUAUAGUAGUGGUGUUAGCUCCAUGAGUUCAAUGCUCUCUGUGCUUUAUGAAUCGCCGGAGGAAAGCUAAGUUUACGAUUUUCUUUGGCAAGACUUACAUUGCAACCAGCUAUCAAGUGUAUAGUUCUUGGGAAUUAUUUCUAGACGGCCAGGAGCUUCACGAUAUGUUGUAAUCAUGUAUGAAAGGCUCUCUCAUUUCAUUCCUCCAUUCAUUGCAAGGCGUUCUUUUUGUUCUCAGUUCAUAAAAUUGUUAGCCAGCAGGCAAGGCUUAGUUUUUAGGUGUACGUGUUCGAUCUUUUU